AUGGUUAGCGUGCCUGGCUUCCAUUGUCUAGGUGGGGUGGGUGGAAGGCCGAAGCCUGAAUUUCCGACACGAGGUCGCAACAAAGGAGGAUGGAUGGUCUAUAUUCAUCCAACAGAAAUUUCUUUGAAAGAUACAAAAGUUGCUCAUUGUGGUGGGUCGAUUAUAAGUCGCAGACAUAUAUUGACAGCCGCUCAUUGCGUAACAUUUUACAUAGGCACGGUGACUAAAUUUAACAACUUGACUCUUCACACUGGGAGGCGUGACCUCUUUGAAGACGAGUCCCACAAAGAGCAAUUACGAACAAUAAUCGGAUCCAACAUAAUCGUACAUCCAGAAUACGAUAGCCAAACCCUCAACAAUGACAUUGCAAUCCUAGUAUUAGAUGAUCCCCUAUCGUUUAAUAAAUGGACAAUGGCAAUUGCACUUUCCACUCGGGAUAUAAGUCACAUAGAUGGCAAGCUUUGUCGGGCCACCGGAUGGGGAAAAACCGAAUACGCUGCAUUUUCCAGCGUCUUAAUUGAGAUACGAAUUAAGAAACAAAGGUGUAAACUUCCAGAUGAUCUUGAUAAACGAGUCAAUACGACGACAAUGUUUUGUGCGCACAAGCCAGGGAGGGAUGCAUGUAGCGGUGAUUCCGGUGGCCCAUACGUGUGUAGGUUUAAGAAGAAAUGGUUCCAGUAUGGUAUAGUCAGUUGGGGUCCCGAACCUAGUGUAUAUGGUGAUCAAGCAUGUGGAACCUAUUCUGGGGUGUACGUCAAUGUGGCGCACUAUACUGAUUGGAUCAAUGGUUUCAUACAAUGAUACUUUUAAGAACCUCGGCCACCCACUACAAUGCAAAUUGUAUCAAGGGCCUUUCAAUUAAUUUGUAUUUUCCUUGUGAAAAUAAAAAGUUGCAUUUACGAAUACAAGUUUAUCUCAGA